UCCCUCCCUCCCUCCUUCCAUCUUUCCUGUAUUUCCCUAUCUGGUUCAGUCAGUCAAAAAAGAGGCACACGGGAGAAGUAAAGGGGGUACGGCAGAGAGAGAGAGAGAGAGAGAGAGUGAGAGAGAGGGAGAAAGAGAGAGGGAGCAGGAAGGGUAGGAAGGGCAGAGGGUGAAGGGGGGAUUGGGGUGUUGGAUUUUCCCCCACCUGGGUUCUCUCUACCAUGGACUGCCUCUGCAUCGUAACCACAAAGAAAUACAGGUAUCAGGAUGAGGAGACUCCGCCCCUGGAGCAUAGCCCCGCCCACUUGGCCCACAGUAAAAGCGCUGAGAUGCUGCACAUGAGUGACAAGAACCUGGCUGCUAUGGACACCAUGCACGGCUAUGCACCGCACACACACAUCUCUCCUGUGAAGCCCGUGUUGCUCUCGGCUGGUCACACGCCGCUCUACACCUCCGCCGUCUCCACACUGGCAAAUUCUCCACCAGUGGUAGUAAACACAGAUACACUCGAUGGUUCACCUUACGUUAACGGGACAGAGGGAGAGAUCGAGUAUGAAGAGAUCACGCUGGAAAGAGGGAACUCGGGUCUGGGCUUCAGUAUAGCAGGUGGUACUGAUAACCCUCAUGUAGGAGACGACCCCAGUAUCUUCAUCACCAAAAUCAUCCCGGGGGGAGCAGCGGCUCAGGACGGGAGACUGAGGGUGAACGACAGCAUCCUGUUUGUGAACGACGCUGAUGUACGUGAGGUGAGUCACAGUCAGGCUGUCGAGGCUCUGAAGGAAGCGGGUGCCAUCGUCCGUCUCUACGUCCUGCGCAGGAAACCCAUCGCUGAGAAGGUCACCGAGAUCAAACUCAUCAAAGGACCCAAAGGUCUGGGUUUCAGUAUAGCAGGUGGUGUUGGUAAUCAGCACAUUCCUGGUGAUAACAGCAUCUACGUCACUAAAAUAAUUGAAGGUGGAGCAGCACAUAAAGACGGACGCCUGCAGAUCGGAGACAAAAUCUUGGCGGUGAAUAACGUGUGUUUAGAGGAUGUGAUGCAUGAGGACGCGGUCGGAGCGCUAAAGAACACGGCGGACGUUGUAUACCUCAGAGUGGCCAAACCCAACAACCUAUACCUUACACACACCAACAGCUACAACCCUCCGGACCUCACCAGCACAUACUCCUCUCACAUGGACACUGAACUCGGUCACCCCAACUUCCUAGGCUCGGAUUACCCACAAGCCCUCACUCCAACAUCGCCCAGCCGCUUCUCACCGGUGCUGCACGGCCUGCUGGGAGACGACGAUGUGCCCAGGGACCCGAGGCGUGUGCUGAUCCACAGAGGCUCCACGGGUCUGGGCUUCAACAUUGUCGGGGGUGAGGACGGAGAGGGAAUCUUCAUCUCCUUCAUCCUGGCUGGAGGACCAGCAGAUCUGAGUGGAGAACUGCGCAAAGGAGACCAGAUACUAAGCGUAAACGGUGUUGAUUUACGAGCUGCAACACAUGAACAAGCCGCAGCAGCCCUGAAAAACGCAGGACAGACUGUGACCAUCAUCGCACAGUACAGACCUGAAGGUAGCGCACACACACACACACACACACACACACACACACAUGUAUCCCUAUGUAGUUUAUAUACAUAUAUUAAAGACUCUUUGUACGUGUGUGUAGAAUACAGUCGGUUUGAGGCUAAGAUCCACGAUUUGAGAGAGCAGCUGAUGAACAGCAGUUUGGGUUCGGGAACCACCACGCUGAGGAGUAACCCAAAGCGCGGCUUCUAUAUUAGAGCUCUGUAUGAUUAUGAUAAGACAGCAGACGGUGGGUUCCUCACUCAGGCUGUGAGUUUCCGUUUCGGUGACAUCCUGCACGUGCUGGACUGCAGCGAUGAGGAGUGGUGGCAGGCGAGACGAGUCGGGCCUCAGGGGGACAACGAGGACAUCGGCUUCAUUCCCAGCAAGAGGAGGGUGGAGAGGAAAGAGUGGUCCCGUCUGAAGUCAAAAGAACGGGAUCGCAGUCGAGACAGUUUGGGAUCUCAAGGACGAGACGAAUCGGCGCACAGUUACGAGACAGUGACACAAGUGGAAGUUCACUACGCGAGACCCAUCAUCAUCCUCGGCCCGGUGAAGGACAGAGUAAACGACGACCUGCUCUCUGAGUUCCCAGACAAGUUCGGCUCCUGCGUUCCACACACGACGCGGCCGAAGCGGGAGUACGAGGUGGACGGCAGAGAUUAUCACUUCGUGUCGUCACGGGAACAGAUGGAGAAGGACAUCCAGAGCCAUCGGUUCAUCGAGGCGGGGCAGUACAACAGUCACCUGUACGGCACGAGUGUACAGAGCGUCAGGGAGGUGGCCGAGCAGCAGGGUAAACACUGUAUCCUGGACGUUUCGGCGAAUGCCAUCCGCAGACUUCAGGCCGCUCAGCUUCACCCCAUCGCCAUCUUCGUUCGGCCCAAAUCACUCGAGAACGUCCUGGAGAUUAACACCAGGCUGACGGAGGAACAGGCACGGAAAGGCUUCGAUCGGGCGGUGAAACUAGAGCAGGACUUCCUCGAGUGUUUCUCAGCUGUGGUGGAGGGCGACAGUUUCGAGGAGGUCUAUCACAAGGUGAAGACGGUGAUCGAGGAGCAGUCCGGUCCGUUCAUCUGGAUCCCAACCCGAGAGCGACUGUGAGAAAAAAGAGAGAAACCGGACAGAGAGAGAGAGAGGGAGAGAAGGAGAGAGAGAAAGACUGAGAGAGAGGACAUUACUGUGUGUGUGGAAAAGCACAGGGAAUAUCCACACCUCCCUCCAUCUGUCCCUCCUUCCUCCUCCUCCUCCUCCUCAUUUGAUCCAUCCAUCCCCCCUCCCUCCCUCCCUCUCUCUCUCUCUCUCUCUCUCUCUCUCCCGUCGUGCACAGGGCUGUUUUUACUCAUGAACAGAAACACCACAGAGCGAUUAAACCUCUCCUUCCUCUGUCCUUUUUUACUGUCGGACUCCUUCCUUCUCCUUCAGGAGCGAGUGAUGAAGUGAGCGAUGGAGGGAGGAAGAGUCUUUCGGAUGGACAGACGGACGGACGGACAAAUGGACAGAAUGUAUAUUUAAUAUUUAAUAAACAGUAACAAUCUGCGUUAUUAGACGUACUGUGACUUCCAGGAGAUUUGAAGCAAAGGACAAGAGAAACUUCUAGAUUUCUGCAUGCGUCCAUAACGACACAGAAAAAGAGGAAGAGGAGGAGCUUCGGGCUCGAUGUCACUUCCUGACUCUUUUAACUGAAAUGAAAGAUGAAAAGCAGAGAGAAAAACAGAGGACUUUUACUAGUUUGUCCGAUCUUUGUCUUGCUGCACAGAAAUCAAAGCCACACGCAACGCUACGGGCUACGUUUUCCUCUCUUUCUCACACACACACACACACACACACACACACACACAUAAAUAGUGAAUUUAUGAAUUUCUUUGUUCUAGGUUUUUUUGUUUUUUUGUAUACAUUUCUCAGAUGCUGAAUAGUAAUGAGAGCAUAUCACACACACACACACACACACACACAGUCAUCAGUACAGAGCAGGGGUCGACUAUUAAACAGAUUCAGUUAAAUAUUUUCUCAAACUUUUGUUUUAGUUUGUUUUGUUUGUUUAGCUCCGCCUACUUUUUGCUUGAUUGACACUUCAUUCCAGAAUUACGCCAUUCAGUGUUCUUUAGGAAAUGUUAAUGUCUCUCACUUUCUUUGGUUAAGAAAGAAAAUACCACGGCCUGAACACAGCAGUGAAUCGUUUGGAAGUCGACUCUUCUUGGUGAAUCAAAUCAAAUGAACUGACUCACUGGCGAGAAUCAGAAUUACCAUACAAGUGUGAACAGCAAUCUCACAUGAUGUGUGUGUGUGUGUGAGUGAGAGAUUCACUACAUUCUGGCUGCUUGUUGAUUAUUUCCCAGUUGCCAUGGCAAUGAUUUUUUUUUCAGAAACAAAAUAAAAUGCUUUUUUUUUUUUUUAUCCAAUUAUGAUUUAAACAAAUAAAAUUAGCGAUGUCCGAUCUAUAUUUUUGCAGUUUCUCGUUAAGGGAAUAUAAAUGUUAAUGAAAGACAAGAAAACCAAAGAAAUCAAAAUAAUUUAAAAAAUGAUAUCUAACUCAAGCACUUCAGUUUAAACUUUGGAUUAAAGCUAGUUAGAAAACGCAGAACUAGCGAAACUUAGGAACUUUCUCGCAUUAGCAAAUUAGCCUUGAUGAGCUAGCUAAAUUCAACCUAAAUGAGUUUGCUAAAAACAGGCCUUUCUAGAAGCGCGGCAAGCUUAAGACCAGAUUAGUGAUAGUAACUCAGUUACAGUAAAGGUUAAACACACUGUUGAAGCUCGUUUGGUUUCAGCUUCACAAGGAGGUUUCUUUUAGUUAGCUAGGUCAGUUAGCAUGACUUGUCCAGCUGCUAGUGCUGAAGCUAAAGCUGCACUUCUCUGUUUUUGCUUGUGUGUGUGUGUGUGUGUGUAUGAGGUGCACUCAUUAAUCAAGCGAACAUUGGAUUGACCUCCAUUUGCACUUUGUAAUAAUAUAAAAAAUGUUUCAGUGGAACACAAACCGUUUAAAAAAGCAUCAGCAUUUUAAAAUAAAUUUAUUUAUUUAUUUAUUUAUUAGCUUUUUGAAAAUAUAUAUUUUAAAUUUAAUUUUUUCUCUCCCUUUUUUUUCCCCUUUUUUUAAAAAGUGUGUAUUGAGUGCAGUGACAGUUCCUGGUGCCACUUAUUACUUACAAACAAAAUGAAUAUUAGAAUUAUGGUUAUUUAUGGAUUUGUUUUUGUCACAUUUUCAUUUUUAUUUAUUUGUUUGUUUGUAUUUAUGCGUUUAUUAGAUGGAAUGGACAGAUGCAUUGCUGUGUCACUUUAUGUAAAAAAAAACAAGGGGCUGUGCGCAAUCAAAUGAUAAAUAAUAAAACACACAAACAGAUAUUAUAAUAAAAGUCUUUAUUAACAAAUUACAUAUCAUUAUACACAACAUAUAAAUUAUAUACUGUACUGUUUCUCUCUUUCUCACACACACACGCACACACACGUCAAUAACACAAUGUAUUAUCAAGAGAAUUAUACACUUUUACUCUAAAUAGAGCAAAAUGAGUUAAAUUAAUUUAUUUCGAAGAAUCAAAUGUAUUUCACUUUGUAUCACCACAAAUUAUUAUUAUUAUUAUUAUUAUUAUUAUAGUACAAAAUGAAAAAAAAAUCUUAUUGCUUUUUAUUUUAAAGAGAAUGAUUAUAGAGUUUGCAGAGCGUUCUGUUAAAAGGGGUUUAUCUCACAGAGAGGACGAACGACAGCGGGCUCCGAAAUAUGAAAAUGUUUAAUUUCAGUGAAACGCUUGUUGUGAAUUAGCUACGAAAAUAAUAAAAU